UUCAACUUCCGGGUGACACGGGAACGCAGCACAGGCACUCCGAUGGAACGUGAAUGAGAAGCUAAGCUUGUUUACAUAGCUGACCGAGCUACAAUGCUUAUAAGAAUAACGUUAUGUUUGCCAAAUAUCUACCAAUUAAGACGAAAAUAGCUUGUGAGGGAAAAGCACCGUCAUACCUAAUGCUCGGUGACCGUCAAUUAAGGCAAUAUUCCUAAAUGAGCUCAAGAGGCCUUUGAAUCCGCGGUGUUUGGGUGAGUCCGAGGAUUAAGGUGAUAACACCUUGCAGAUCCCGGAUCAUUGUACAGCCUUGUAAGGCGAGCUUGUCCAUUAUUCUGACGGCUGGGAGCUAACCAUGUCACAAUUGGGACCCCCUCCCCGAUGGCGGAAUUGUCCCAGAAGAGGACAACCAGUGGCAGGUAAAUUCUUGCCUAUGAAAACUAUGCUGGGUCCCCGAUAUGAUGACCAAGUUGCAGAGGAGAACCGAUUUUACCCAAGCAUGCUGUCUAACUACUUGAAGAGUCUAAAUGUAAAAAUGGGUUUGCUCGUGGAUUUGACGAACACGACUCGCUUCUACGACCGCAACGACAUUGAAAAGGAUGGGGUCAAAUACUUUAAACUACAGUGUAAAGGUCACGGAGAAUGUCCUUCUACAGAGACGACUGCUACGUUCGUCCGACUCUGUGAACAUUUCAUAGAGAAGAAUUCCACGGACCUAAUAGGUGUCCACUGCACUCAUGGGUUCAAUCGGACCGGCUUUUUGAUAUGUGCUUAUCUGGUGGAGAAGAUGGAUUGGAGUGUGGAAGCAGCCGUCGCAGCUUUCGCCCAGGCCCGGGCCCCCGGGAUCUACAAGGGUGACUACCUCAAAGAGCUUUACCGUCGUUACGGCGAUGAGGAGGACGCGCCCGCCGCCCCGACGCUGCCCGAGUGGUGCUUUGAGGACGACGCCGGGGAAUCGGAUGACGACGGCAACGCGCCGAAGCAGGAGUCCGGGCCCAGCUCGUCCGGGUCGACGCCCGGGAAGAGAAAGAAGGAGAAGCUCAAACUGGGCGCUGUAUUCCUCGAAGGCGUCACGGUGAAAGGUGUCACACAGGUCACCACGCAGCCCAAACUAGGCGAGAUCCAAAGAAUGUGUCAAGAGAUGGCCGAGUGGAACAAGUCUGGUUUUCCUGGUGCUCAGCCUGUGUCAAUGGAUCGGCAAAACCUUAGUUUCCUCGAGCAGCGUCCUUACAAAGUCAGCUGGAAAGCUGACGGAACCCGGUACAUGAUGGUGAUCAACGGGCGAGAUGAAGUUUUCAUGAUUGACAGAGACAAUACGGUCUUCCACAUAGCCAAUUUAGAGUUUCCUUUCCGGAAAGAUCUACGUGUCCAUCUUGCAAAUACUCUUUUGGAUGGGGAGAUGAUCAUUGACAAGGUGAAUGGUCAGCCCGUCCCUCGCUAUCUGAUAUAUGACAUCAUCAAAUUCAACGGACAAAGCGUGGGUCAGUGUGAUUUCAAUAGACGCUUGCUAUGCAUGGAAAAAGAGAUCAUUUCUCCACGGAUGGAAAAGAUGAAGACCGGACAGAUUGACAAAACGAAGGAGCCCUUCAGUGUUCGAAAUAAGCCGUUCUUCGACAUUCAGGCAUCACGCAAGCUCUUGGAAGGCAGUUUUACAUCGCAGGUCAGCCACGAAGUUGAUGGCCUCAUCUUCCAGCCGUGCGGGAGGUACAAGCCCGGCAGGUGUGAUGACAUCUUGAAAUGGAAGCCCCCAAACCUCAACUCGGUGGACUUUCGCCUCAAGAUCACAAAAGUCGGAGGAGAAGGGCUGCUGCCUCAGACCGUCGGCUUGCUUUACGUCGGCAACUACGAUCGGCCCUUUGCAAAGAUGAAGGCCACGAAAGAGCUCAAACUGUACGACAACAAGAUCAUCGAGUGCAACUUUGCCAACAACAGCUGGGUGUUCAUGAGGCAGAGGAUAGACAAGAGCUUCCCCAACUCCUACGACACAGCCAUGGCGGUAUGCAAAAGCAUCCAGGAACCCGUCACCAAGAAAAUCUUGUUGGAAUACGUGGACCGUUGCCCUCAAGCAGUCCAAGCCCAAACCCGCAAACACCAAACAGACCCGGAUUCUGAGCUAAUGCCCCCUCCCCCUCCGAAGAGGCCCAACCGGUCCAUCCAAUAGACUCUACUGUAGUGAACCAGGUCUGGCCGCUCUGGACUUUUCUACAACCAUUGAUCAUCUUUAUCACCAGCCACCACCUGCCUAAUGGAAAAUCAUAUUUUAAGGCGUCCAUAUCCACCCACCAACCUGUCUGUGUGAUUACAUUUAAUUGACCUUGUUUUAUUGUUUGUAGUUUUAUUUGCUGGCGUCUUGUUCAAAUAAACCAAGAAAAAAAAAAAAAA